AUGUCAGUGUUGAGACGGCUGACAUUUAUUUUAGCUGUCAUUCUUGGGUCAGUUGGCCUGACGCAAUGUCAGGCCCACGACAAGACUGUGGCUAUUUUUAACGACAAGGUCAGCAGUCCGAAGUAUCAUACGGAGGUCAGGCCCGUCCUUGACCAGUCCAAGGCCAUCGAUGUCAAUAUCCGGUUUGAGCUGGCGUCCAUUGUGGAGCUUAAUGACAUCACACAGAGCUUCAUCUGUAAUGGGUUUCUCGUGUUUACGUGGAAAGAUGAGAUCAUAGUUUGGGACCCUGCAGAUUACGACGGGCAAAAAAUGAUUCACCCUUUGCCUGAGCACAUUUGGAGACCACGGAUUGUCUUGCUCAACACAUUGGACAAGCGGGAUAUCUUUGACGACGACAAGGCGCCAGUUUUUCUAGCUUUCAACGGGUCAGUUACGUGGGUUCCGGGCAGUCUGUUUCCUGUUUCCUGUCAACUGGAUAUGACGUACUACCCCUUUGACAAUCAAACAUGCUACAUAACGGUGACCGCCAUGACCUUGGUAGCCAGUGAAAUACAGUUCACGACAAAUGGCCAGAUCAACAUGACAUUUUUUACGCCAAACGGAGAGUGGGAAUUUAUAGACGGCAGCUCUAGAGUUUACAACUUGUCCACUGGCUCUUCGCUGCUCCCCUCCCUUGAGAUGAAGUUCGAAUUGAAGCGACGCUCCACAUACCUGCUGCUGAAUGUCGUCCUUCCCAUCAUUUUUCUCUCUCUCCUAAACCUCCUCGUCUUCAUCAUCCCUGUCGAAUCAGGGGAGAGAAUCAGUUACAGCAUCACCGUGCUGCUGUCCUUGACCGUAUUCUACAGCCUGAUUGGCAGUCAGAUGCCCAGCACCUCCCUGACCACGCCCAAAAUCACAAUCUACAUCGGCAUCCUCCUCUCCUUCAGUAUGCUGUCUGUGGUCGCUACUGUUAUCAUCGUUUUCCUCCACCACAGGGAGGAGCAAGAAACAAUACAUCUGAAAGCGAAAGAAAACUUUCAGAAUAUCUUAACCAAGGUGACUAGCAACAGAAGAGCGGUCUCGCCAUUCCAGUUACCGAAAGAUGAACCAGAAACUAAAACACCGGGACGCUCUAUGAAGGACAUAGUCAACGAAACUUCACAAAUGAAAGCUGAGGUGCCGGAAAGUAGAUCACGUGAUGACAAGCCAGCUGUCAACAAGUACAAAGCAGUCGGGAAAUAUAUUGAUUUAGUUUGUUUUAUCGUGUUCUUUGUCAGCUGGUUGACUUGUACGCUUGGGUUUAUGCUUUCCAUUACAAAAAUAUCAGACGUGUGA